AUGACUGAGCUGCCUCCAGCAGGAGCCCGCCUCGCGCCGCUAGAGCCCGGUUGCGAGCCGCCUCCAGCAGGAGAGCCCGCCUCGCGCCGCCAGAGUCCGGUGCGAGCCGUCUCCAGCAGGAGCCCGCCUCGCGCCGCCAGAGUCCGGUUGCGAGCCGCCUCCAGCAGAAGCCCGCCUCGCGCCGCCAGAGCCCGGUGCGAGCCGUCUCCAGCAGGAGCCCGCCUCGCGCCACCAGAGUCCGGUUGCGAGCCGCCUCCAGCAGGAGCCCGCCUCGCGCCGCCAGAGUCCGGUUGCGAGCCGCCUCCAGCAGGAGCCCGCCUCGCGCCGCCAGAGUCCGGUUGCGAGCCACCUCCAGCAGGAGCCCGCCUCGCGCCGCCAGAGUCCGGUGCGAGCCGUCUCCAACAGGAGCCCGCCUCGCGCCGCCAGAGUCCGGUGCGAGCCGUCUCCAACAGGAGCCCGCCUCGCGCCGCCAGAGUCCGGUGCGAGCCGUCUCCAACAGGAGCCCGCCUCGCGCCGCCAGAGUCCGGUGCGAGCCGUCUCCAACAGGAGCCCGCCUCGCGCCGCCAGAGUCCGGUGCGAGCCGUCUCCAACAGGAGCCCGCCUCGCGCCGCCAGAGUCCGGUGCGAGCCGUCUCCAACAGGAGCCCGCCUCGCGCCGGCGCCGCCAGAGGCCGGUGCGCGUCUAGAGCACGGCGACCGCCGCUCCGCGCUCCCGUGCCCCGGCCGCGCCGGAGCGCGCGCGCUCACCUCCAGAGCCAGGGCCCUUCUCACCACUCGACGGUCGUCCAUUCUGAUGACAUCGGUGUCGGCCUCUGGUCGAUGUCGAAUGGAUGUCUCCGGCAGAAGAGUAACAAUUUUAACCCUUCGUAUGCCUUAG